UGCCAUCCCCUUAAAAAGAUUUGCUUUUGUUGUCAAUCUAAGUAUUAUGCAUAUGAUAUGAACAUUUUUAGCCUGUCCACUGUAAUAGUCGAAAUAUGUCGUUUACAGGAAUUUUAUUCUCUCUCUCUCCCGGAGUCAUUCGCAUUUCUAUCUUCAUCAUGCUUCCUGUUACUCUCAACAUCUUGAACCUACUUUGAAUUUCACUAGUUAUAAAAGGAGGAGUUUCUGACACAGUGUCCGUAUGCGUUAUCGAUAUCAGUUUGGCUGCUAACUUUGGCUGCUAGCUUCCGCUUAGUAUCCCUGCAGCAACACAUCUACACCGCUAUCAGUAUCAUGUCGGGAGGUAAAGUGUCAAUGCUUGCAGGAAAAGUUGCUAUCAUCACAGGGGCCAGCUCAGGAAUAGGGGCAGCAACUAGCAUCCUCUUUUCUCAUCUCGGAGCGAGGCUGGUGCUUGCCGGUAGAAAGGAGGCCAAUUUGAUGAGGACGAAGGACUCUUGUAUGCAGACAGGAAAUGAAGAGGCUCUUACCGUCACAGGAGAGUUACGAGAUGGCUCGUAUAGAAAGCAUCUUGUGGAGCAAGCGAUGGAGGAGUACGGAAAGCUAGAUAUCUUGGUCAACAAUGCUGGCGUCAUAUCUCUGGGAUCAAUAGAAAACAGCAGUUUGGAGGACUAUGACACCAUGAUGGAUGUCAAUGUUCGGUCUGUUUUCCAUCUGACGUCAUUAGCAGUACCACAUCUCAUUGAAACAAAAGGAAACAUAGUCAAUGUAUCCAGUGUCAACGGCCUUCGAGCAUUUGCAGGAGUUUUGAGUUAUUGUAUGUCUAAGGCUGCUUUGGAUCACUUCACAAGGUGUACUGCACUGGAGCUGGCUCCCAAAGGAGUGAGGGUGAAUUCUGUGAACCCUGGCGUAACAAUAACCGAGUUGCAGAAGAGAGGGGGCCUGAGUGAUGAGGCUUAUGCAAAUUUUUUGGAGAGAAGUAAGAUGACACAUGCCCUUGGUCGACCAGGAGAAGCCAGUGAAAUAGCAGAGAGCAUUGCCUUCCUUGCCUCGGAUGCGUCUUCAUUCAUAACGGGAGCCACCUUACCAGUAGAUGGCGGCAGGCAUGCUAUGUGCCCAAGAUAAGAUCUAGCGUGAUAGGCGGGUGGGUGCAAGGGGAAUGGUUUCAAGUAAUUUAAUCAGAAUUAGAAAGGCAUUAACACCAUUUUUGGAUAUGGAAAUGUAUUAAUACCACCUUUCUCUAGUUCGUACUUGACCUCUUGACCUCUUGAAAUUGAAUGCAAGGUGUAUCAGUACCGGUAUGUGAUUGGUUGAAAUCAAGUUGCAUUGAAUUCGAGUUGGGUUUAUGCACAGGAUGCCAGCUGUUCUCUUUUAUGUGGAUAUAUUUAAAGACUUCUUUUUAUUGAAGCAUAUUGUGACAUCAUGGGCUAAUGAUUGCAGGGCAUAUUAUCCGAUUGAUUUUAACAAGAAAGAAAA